AUGGGAGACAUAGAUAUAUUUGACGCCGCGACGUCGAAGAAGAUACACGAAGAGCACCAGAGAGACAUGGAAGAUGCGGCGAAAGCUAUCGGCCCGCGAGGGAUGGCUCUCAUCAGGGGGCUUGAGAAACAAACGACGACGGCGACAACAAGAAUAACCCAGUCGUUGACGGCGGGAUCAUUGCACGGAGGUCGAUUGUUGAGGAAGCUAGCCCCGGCGACUUCCUUGUUCUCCAGGAAAAAACCGCCAGCACCGACGCCAGCAGCAGAACCCCUAGCGGGAUCAGAGCCGGCAGCACAGGCACCAACAGCACCAACACUAGAACAACUCCUACUAGCAGAGAUUCACAUGGCAACGAACGCUCAACCCUCCAGCGCCGCAACCCUCGAACUGCCACCUGCAGUUGCCGAGAGCGGGAGCCCUGAAACAGCAGCGCCGACCGAGACCACACCUGAGGAACCUCCUGCCGCCGACGAUGUCGGUGAUGUGGGAAGGAAACCUCCCCCGGUACCUGCAUCAGAGACGGUGGCGGCGGCGACGGCGGCGGCGGCGGCGGCGGCAGGAGAACCAGAGCCGGCGAGACGGUUAAAAGCGGAGGGCAAGGGGUCAGUCGAACCGGCGAGGUCUGCCUCGCGCGAGCCUGCGGAGCCCGCGCCGUCGCCGCCGGCUGCCGCGCCGACGAAAGACGCAGGUUCUGAAGCGGUGCUCCCGGAGUUGAAGGUCGUAUCUUUCGACGUUCGAGAACCGACCCUCGGUGCUUCCGUGGUCGGCCACGUCGUAGUCUUGGCGGGCUCGUGCUACGUGUGGGCGGCGACGGAAGGCUCGGUGGCCCAGGGGUCGUUGGCUGCGGCCGUGGGGACCCGUUUCGACGGAGGCAUGCCGACGGCCACGCCGCUGCUGGCGGGGGAAGGGGCCGGGGAGGCCGGCGGAGGAGGGGUAGGUGUGAGCAUGGCGCAGCGGCUGUGCAAACGCACCGGGAGGGUGGUGUUCGUGAGCUGCGACUUGUCGGAGGACUCGCAGAUCCUGGUGGCUGCCGUCGAGGCGAAGGUCGUCGCUCUCUUGAAAGCCGAGGAUUGA